AUGUGUCGGGAAGUGAACUGACAAAUGAAGAAAUGUAAACUUCACCAAAAAUUGUCGAUUAUUUUCCACUCUGGUCAUGACCAGUUUUCUGUAUACUCUCUGCGUGAACAAAAACGUACUCGCAAGCUAUUCAGAGCUACUCCGACGGGGAGUCCCCCGGUGGCGGAAGCUCCCCCGACGACCCGCAUCCGUGGAAGGCUGGAAGAAGACCCGUCUCAACGGGUGACCGGACGAGUGCCGAGGUCACCAAGGAUUCCGGGUGGAGAUACCUUCCGGUUCAAUGGAACGUGCCCCGACGACCCGGAGCCGGUGUAUUCGCACGCCACGAUCUACUCAGCUGGUCCCCGGCGGUGGGCCUAGCCUACUCCGAUAACCGAGUUUUGAUUGCCUUGAGCCUUUCAGCUCUCACCUUAAUCGUUGAGCCAUUUAGGUCCCGCCCCGGUCGUGAUCGCGAACGACUCGAAUAGUCCCCUUCGGCGGAUCUAACCUAUUCCAACGAGAAGUUCCCCGAAAGAGGGAACUCCUCCGAAACCGGCUAUUUCGUCAUGUUCUGAGGCUACGCGCGGUAGCUGGCGCUGGCGUUCCCAUUCAUUAUAGACAUAUAUAUUCUCGACUUCCGCGGCGGAGUACUCAUGAUCCGCUAUCCGUAAAGGCUGCCUGCUGCUGCUCUAUUCGCCAACUUCGUUGUAGGAUGUCGGCUAUUCUGGACGACGCUCUUAGGACCGCUCUCCACUGUUCUGAGUUCUGGCACAUUUUUCUGGAAAGUUAGACAGCUCCUGCCCUGCAGUACCACUCGACCAGCGGUGCAGUCAUUCAAAAUCGAUCUAUUUAAUAAAAAUAUAUCACCCUAUUUCAUCGGGUUGUGUUUGUUUUCCGUUUUAAUCAUUCGUUUUAUUACUUAAUUUAGUAGAUCAAAAACAACCGAUUUCAUCGGGAAACGUCUACUAUUUAUUAGAAUAUAAUAAC